UGUGGGAGGUGGGGGUGGCCCAGGGCUCUGUGUGCACUGCAGGGGGGGAAGAGCUGCAGCCUCAUCCGUGGCCGCGGGGGCUGUGGCCACAUGCAGAAGCAGGACAGCAUCGAUCAGAGUAAGUAUCAGGACCCGAGAUGCGGCAGGAGCACGGGGGGCAUGAAGUCGCCCUGGGGACAGCUGUGCGGUGUCGGGGGCAGCUCGACCUCUGAGGGGGCUGCAAGACCGGCUUCACCUCUUGCCCUGGGUCUCGUGGUGCCGGCCCAGGUCCUCUUGAAGAUGCUGAUUGCACUGCCGUGGUGCCGACCCCCUCGGGAACACCCCCGGUCCUGGCCUGGGCAUCACACCCUGGAGCCCCCUGCCCCAACACCCCCACAGCCCCGCACGGGCCCAGCUCCGUACCCCCUGCCCCUGCCGGCCCCAGGCUCCUGCACGUGGCCGUGGCCGCAGUCCGCCCAGAGCCUGCGCCCUGGGGCUGCAGCUGUGGGACACGGCUGCGACACUGGUCAGCACGGGGCUGGGCUGGGACCGAGCUCCGAUGCCUGCGGCUGGGCAGCUCCCAGGCUGGCCCCGGUGCGUCUCGCUGCAUGCGUGCAGCUCCCAGCGCAGCGGGGCUGUAUCUUGGCCCGUGUCGUGUUGCCGCAGGACUGAUCGAUCGCCUCAUUCACGUGCCAGCACUCACCGUUCCCUCGCCCCUGCCCCUUCCUCAUGCCCCCAGGAGCCCUCCAUGCCCAGUAAGGGCUGGUGCCCAGUAAGGGCUGGUGCAGGGGACGGGGACAGGAGAUCCCCCAGCGCCCCGGCUGGUUCGGGUACCGCUAAGCCAGUGCUCUGUCCUGCUGCAGACUCCCCCGAGCCCGAGCAGACCUGGGCGCUGUCGGCAGACAAACGCUGCUCGGGCUGGUGCCCCAGGCCAGGCCCUUCCCAGGGCAGGGACGGGGCGGUGGCUGGACCCUGUCCAGGAGCAGGAGGCACCGUCCCGCCGUGCAGAAAUCUCUGCCACGACGUGCGGAUCCAGCCCUGCUCCCGCAGGCCAGCAGCUCUUGUUCUCCCAGGGGUCCUGAGAGCAUUUCCCCUGCCCUGGAGAGGACUGACCUUGCAUUUCCCCUGCCUGCCCUUAGCCUGUGGAUGUGACAGCUCCAGCAUCGCUCCAGCUUGUUCCCCGGGCGCCGUGUCCCUGCCGGCUCUGCAUGGCGUUGUGAUGACCGCUCCGGGCUGGGACAGAGUUACUGGGGCUCAUCUCCAGCCUUGUGCCCUUAGCAAGAGCUGUGGGACGUGGAGUCUACCUUCUCCCCACUCUUCCACACACCGAAGCCUCCGUCUGCCUUAGUCCCAGGCCAGUGCAGGAGAUGAGCAGGGCUUUCCCCGUGCCCGCAGCCCCAGCGCUGCCCUGCGCGCUCUUCCCCACCCGCAGGUGCUGGGACCCUGAGCAGCGCUGAGCAGAAACCUCCUGGAGCAGAGCCUGUGAAGCUGGAGCUGCAGAGGACUUGCCCAGGGGGACUGGAGGAGAGGGGCUCUCUGACACCUGAGCCGGGCCCAGUGCAGGAGGGGCAGGGCAGGCCUCCAAAGCAGGGGCAGAGCCUGGAGCUCCAGGAGGUGUUCGAGGCCGUGGCAGUGUAUUUCACUGAGGAGUGGGAACUGCUGGACGAUGAAGACAAGGAGCUUUACUGGGACCAGAUGCUGAGGCAUUCCCAAGCUCUCGUUUCCCUGGGAUAGCCAGGUCCCUCCCCUGACUUCACCUGCCGGCUCCAGCAAGGCCAGGGGCAGCUCUGGGGCUGCGACGAUGAGGACUGUGGGGAAAUCUCCGCACCCGAGGAGCUGCUGCCAGGCUGCGUGAGAUGGCUCCACGGCAUGGCUCCAACCUGGCCCAGCACCAGCGUAUCCAGCUUAUCCACCUGGGGCAGAAGCCACAUCAGUGCCCGAAGUGUGGCGAGAGCUUCAACGUGUCCUGCUACCUGACCAACCUCCAGCUCAUGCACACCGGGGAGAAGCCACAUCGGUGCUCUCGGUGUGGGAAGAGCUUCACCUGCCCCUCCCACCUGGCCCAGCACCAGCUCAUCCACACCGGGGAGAAGCUACACCAGUGCUCUGAGUGCGGGAAGAGCUUCGCCCAGUCCUCCCACCUGACCCAGCACCGGCUCAUCCACACCGGGGAGAAGCUACACCAGUGCUCUGAGUGCGGGAAGAGCUUCACCCAGUCCUCCCACCUGACCCAGCACCGGUUCAUCCACACCGGGGAGAAGCCACAUCUGUGCCCAGAGUGUGGGAAGAGCUUCAGCCUGUCCUCCAACCUGACCAAACACCGCCUCAUCCACACAGGGCAGAAGCCACAUCGGUGCUCUCGGUGUGGGAAGAGCUUCACACGAUCCUCCCACCUGGCCCGGCACCAGCGUGUCCACACCGGGGAGAAGCCACAUCAGUGCUGUGUGUGUGGGAAGAGGUUCGCCUACUUCUCCAGCCUGACCCAACACAGCCGUAUCCACACUGGGGAGAAGCCACAUGAGUGCUUGGAGUGUGGGAAGAGCUUCACCAAAUCCUCCAAUCUGACCCAACACUGCCUUGUCCACACAGGGGAGAAGCUACAUCAGUGCUCAGAGUGUGGGAAGAGCUUCCUCCAGUCCUCCACUCUGGCCUGGCAUCAGCGUGUCCACAUGGGGGAAAAGCCACAUCAGUGCUCGGAGGGCGGGAAGGGCUUCAACCUGUCCUCCUCCCUGACCAAACACCAGUUCAUGCACAUGGAGGAGAAGCCACAUCAGUGCUCAGAGUGUGGAAAGCUCUUCAUCCGAUCCUCCAACCUGGCCCAGCACCAGUUUAUCCACGUCGGGGACAAUCCACUUCGGUGCUUGGAGUGUGGGAAGAUCUUCAUCCGAUCCUCCAAACUGGCCCAGCACCGACUCAUUCACACGCAGGAGAAGCCACAUCAGUGCGUGGAGUGUGGGAAGAGCUUCAGCAACUCCUCCACCCUGACCAAACACCAGCUCAUCCACACCGGGGAGAAGCCACAUCAGUGCCUUGAGUGUGGGAAGAGCUUCACACGAUUCUCCAACCUGACCAAGCACCGGCUCAUGCACACCGGGGAGAAGCCACAUGAGUGCUUGGAGUGUGGGAAGAGCUUCAUCCGAUCCUCCAACCUCACCAAGCACCGGCUCGUGCACACUGGUGAGAAACGAUAUCGGUGCUCGGAGUGCGGGAAGAGCUUCAUUGAAUCCUCCAACCUGACCAAACACCGGCUCAUCCACAUGCAGGAGAAGCCACAGCAGUGCACAGAGUGUGGGAAGAGCUUCAACCUGUCCUCCUCCCUGACCAACCUCCAGCUCAUGCACACCGGGGAGAAGCCGCAUCAGUGCGUGGAGUGUGGCAAGAGCUUCACGCGAUCCUCCAACCUGACCAAGCACCGGCUCAUGCACACCGGGGAGAAGCCGCAUCAGUGCUCAGAGUGUGGGAAGAUCUUCAUCCGAUCCUCCAACCUGACCAAACACCGGCUCAUGCACACAGCGAAAAUACCACAUCAGUGCUUGGAGUGUGGCAAGAGCUUCACGCGAUCCUCCACCCUGACCAAGCACCGGCUCAUGCACACCGGGGAGAAGCCGCAUCAGUGCUUGGAGUGCGGGAAGAUCUUCAUCCGAUCCUCCAACCUGACCCAACACCAGCUCAUCCACACGGGCGAGAAGCCACAUCGGUGCUUGGAGUGUGGCAAGAGCUUCACUGAAUCCUCCAUCCUGAGCAAACACCACCUCAUGCACAUGCAGGAGAAGCCACCUCAGUGCUCAUAGCAUGGGAAGAGCUUUUCCUAAUUCUCCUGCCUGGCCCAGCACCAGCUCAUCCACAGGAAAGAGAAGCCACAUCGGUGUUCCCAGUGCAGAAGAUCUCACUGCGCUCCUCAAAACUGGCCCUGCACCAGUGCAUCCGCUUCCGGGAGCAUCCAUCAUUUUGCCAGCAAUGCAAGAAGGGCUUGGGGACGUCUGCCUGCUCAGCACCCGCCACGGUCUGCAUCCAGGCAAGCAGACUCAUGCUUCGGGCCUGCAGCAAUAGUUCACCCGUCCUUCAUCCCUUCUGGGGCACUGCAGCACCCACAGGACACAGAGCCUGGCCCCAAAGUCUGCUGAGAGGGACGGGUUAAAAGGAAACCCCUCAGGCAGAGGCCAGUGCAGGUGCUGGGGGAACCUGUGAGAUGAUCUUUGCCUUGGAGCCUGUGCCACCCCCAUCCUUCUCUGAAAGCAGCCAGUGCUUCAGUGUCCAGCUUCAGUGCCUUGGGGAGGGCACCCAGUGCCUUCACAACAGGGUGCCCUCCCCAAGACAGCUGGCUCCAAAUGACACCCAGCACUGUCUUUGUCCGACUCCCAGCGUUGUCCUCCCUCCUGGUCCCAGGCUCCUGGGAUGUGAGGCUCUUGCGUUGCAGGAAGGAGGACACUUCUUUCUGGGGAAGCAUUCCUUGCCUUCCACCCUGACCUUGCCUUUCCUCCCCACCACAUCGCCCCCUCCCAGGCCUGUACAUGCCCCUCGGGCUCUGCAAGAAGCUGCUGCUGCCACCCCGCGAGCCUGGUUUGGCAGGUUUUGCUUCUCAGAAAACUUCCUGGUCAGAAGUGUGCACCACCUCCCCGCCUUCCUCCCCUUCGCCUGUUCUCCACAUCAGACUCCUUGCUAAUCACGCCCCCAACUUAACAUGACAUCCCUGUGCUUGGUCUCUAUGUCCUCUCCAGAGCCCUGAAAUGGGAACAGAUGUCUCUGUGAUUCCCCAGCCCCUUCCCUUUCCAGAGGAUUCACCACAAUCCCGGCGCUGUUCCUAACCCUCAGGAGCAGGAGCCGGCCGCACUCGAGGCAAGACCGCCAUGUCCUGCUGUGUAGCCAGGAUCCUGCCCUUGCCAAUGAACCUGUGGCCAGGGCAAGUAGAGUGUCUGUUCUUGGUGAAAUGCAAUAGCAGGGGCAGAGGAGGUGCCGCGCGUAACAGGUCCUGCCUCUCCAGUGCAAGGGUGGAGAAAGUACAGAGGCGAAACGCAGCACGUUGUAAUCUCCCACCGAGGCUUCCCUGCUGGUGCUAGAGCUAUAUGCCUCCACGAGUGUCCUAUAGGGGCUACUCCGAGAGGUUAAUAACCCAUCCUGGUGCACACUCAUUCAUUUGCACACUCAUUCAUUGUCCUUUCUGCUGACACCCUCUCUCACGCCUGUGUCCAUCACUCUGGUUGCUAAGCAACCAGCUCUGCCUAGGUGUCUGACGUGUCUGCCUUACCUGUCUGUCCCCAGGUCAGAUGGGGUGAUCUAGCUCUCUAUUGCUGUGGGCACUGACCUCAGAGCUUAGCCCUGUCACUCUUGUAGGUGCCCUGUGAUGCUUUUUAAAUUGUUUGGUUGCCAUCAAACAACACCUGGCCUUGAUUGGGGAUAAAAAGGUGAUGGCAAAAGGGCUAUAUAAAGCUCAGACUCCACAGGAGGAGGGGCAGCAGCCAUGAUCGAGACACACGCAGCAACUGGAAAUCUGCAACUCUCUUUCUGUCUCUCAGGAUGCUGAAGUGAGUCAACUACUUGAGACUUGUCUAGAUAUAUAGCUUACUGUAAUGUCGAUGCAUACCAACCAGCUACCAAGCUGACACUGUUUGCUCCAAGGUUAUUCCUUGAUACUUCUCUAACCAGUACCCUUCCCCGAGCCUACCCCCUGUGCCCAAUAAAGCUCUCCACUAUAA